ACUUAUCGUUUGUCAGAGCUGCAGUGGAGACACGUCUCUGGAUUUUCUGUCUGAAGGAAGAUUACACUGAGUUUGUCAGUUCUUUCUCAGCACUUUACUCAAAUAUGGACAUGUCUUCUGUCAGCUGUCUGCUAUCGGAAGAGCAGUUUCGGUGCGCCAUCUGUCUGGAUGUGUUCAGGGAUCCAGUCAGCACACCAUGUGGACACAACUUCUGUAAUACCUGCAUCACUGCACACUGGGAUACAAAUAACAGAUACAUUUGUCCCUUGUGUAAUGAGGGUUUUGAAAAAAGACCUUUUUUGAGGGUCAACACUUUGUUCUCUGAGAUGGUUGGUGAGUUCAGACAGUCGGCUCAACAGAAAGCCAACCGCAAACGGUCACAGCAACAAUCGUUCACACCAGUAAAUGUUCCCUGUGACUUUUGCACUGGAACCAAACUGAAGGCCCUGAAGUCCUGCCUGGUGUGUCUGGCCUCCUACUGUGAGACUCACCUGGAGCCUCAUUUAAAUGUGUCAGGUCUGAAAAGACAUCAGCUGAUCGACCCUGUGGAGAACCUGGAAGACAGGAUGUGUCCGAAGCACGAUAAACCUCUGGAGCUGUUCUGUAAGACCGACCAGACAUUUGUCUGUCUGCACUGCUCUGCUUUAGACCACAAGAUGCAUGAGUUUGUUCCUCUGAAAGAUGAAUAUGAAGACAAGAAAGUUGAGCUGGUGAAGACAGAGGCUAACAUUCAGGAGAUGAUCCAGAAGAGACGAGUAAAGAUUGAGGCGAUCAGACACUCAGUAAAGUGCAGUACAGAAAAUGCGAAAAUGGAGCUAUCAGAAGGUGUUCAGGUCUUCAAUUCUCUGAACAAUUUGCUCGAGAGAGGCCUGAAUGAGCUUUACAAAACAAUAGGAGAGAAGAUGACAACAACACAGAAACAGGCUGAAGGCCUCAUCAAAGAGCUGGAACAGGAAAUAUCUGAUCUGAAGAAGAGAAACACUGAUGUGGGGCAGGUCACACGCUCAGAAGACCACCUCCAUGUUCUCCGAAGCUUCCCGUUACUGAAAGCUGUUCCACCCACAAAGGACUGGACAAAGAUCAACGUCCAUGUAUCUUCAUAUGAGAAAACUGUGGAGGGGGCCUUGAUCCAGCUGGAGGAGACCCUUAAUAAAGAGAUGAAGAAGCUGCUCGGUGAGGCUGAGCUGAAGAGGGUCCAGAAGUACGCAGUGGAUGUGACUCUUGAUCCUUAUACAGCACACCCUGAACUCAUCCUGUCUCCUGAUAGGAAACAAGUGAGUCUUGGUAAUGUAAAGAAGAAUCUCCCAGACAACCUACAGAGAUUUUCUCAUUAUAAUUUUGUUUUGGGAGGGCAGAGUUUCUCUUCAGGCAGAUUUUACUACGAGGUUCAUGUUCAAGGGAAGCCUAAAUGGAAUAUAGGAGUGGUCAGAGAGUCGAUCAACAGGAAGGGAGAGUUCAACAUGAGGCCUCAGGACGGUUACUGGACUAUAUGUUUGAGAAAUGGAAAUGAGUACAAAGCUCUUGAUGCUCCGUCAGUCCUUCUCUCUCUGAAGUCUCAGCCUCAGAAGGUGGGGGUGUUUGUGGAUUAUGAGGAGGGUCUGGUCUCCUUUUAUGACGUAGAUGCUGCAGCUCUUAUCUACUCCUUUACUGGCUACUCCUUCACUGAGAAUCUCUACCCAAUAUUAAGUCCCUGUAAUAAUGAUGGAGGCAAUAAUGCUGCCCCUCUGAUCAUCGUCAGACCUACUGUCAAUCAAACGGCCUGAUCUUUGAGAUCAGCAUGUUGAGCAAUGCAAAUAAAGCAUUGCCAACAAUAUUUAUAUAUAUAUACACAUGCCAGACAAAAUGUUCAUACUAAAAUAGGCAUAGCGGGCAAUACUAGUAUACCAAUGUAUUAUAGAAAAAGAAAAAAGUGCUUAAUCAUUCUUAAAUGACAAGAUUUAGAAGUCAUUAAUCAAAAUCAAAUUACAUAUUCAGUUGAAAUGUUAUCUGAAUUUGAUUUAUCAUUUGUGUUCUAUUUGUAUUUCAUACUUUGGUUAGAAAAUUAACCAAAAAAAGGUUACUUUUAAAAAAGGUGCUUUUGUUUGACUUGUUAUAAGACUUCUUGGAGUGGUUUCUGUUUUGCUCAACAAUGUAGUGAUACAUAUGAAUGGUUUACUUUGUGAAAAACUGUACUGGAUGCACUGAUAUGCAGUUAUUUUAGUUAGAUCUUAGUUAUUGGUAUGAAUGUUAUUUAGCUCUGGGAACUAUUCUGUUAAUCUCUUUGGAUGUUGAUACAAACCAUGUCUUUAUUCAACUUUUAUAUGAAACAUUUGAUAACAUGCAAGCCUUGUCACAAAACCAUGAACAGUGUUGGUAUUGGUAAACAACCACGUGCCUUCACAACAACAAUACAGAUAAGUAUUGAGUAUAUGAGGGAGAAUAUCAUACUCAACUGAAAAUGACGACGAGCUACUAAUUAAAACAAUAUGAAUAAGAUCCUUUAUACUAUGUUUCUAGUUUUGUAUCUGUUUUUGUCUUUUUAUUAAAUGUUUUAUAUGAAGCAUUAUGGAUGAUUGUUCAGUCUUUGCUUGAAUAACAUAUGUACCAGAUAACAUUUAUUUUUAAUGGUUUCCUAACGUCCAUGAUAUAUGUUUUUAAAGAAGUCACUUAGUCAUCAACCUCUUUCAUGCUGUUGUGUUAGUGACUAUAACCAAUGCUAUGAAUUAAAAUAUAACAGACUUUGUGAUCAUUAAAAUCUACUCUAAUAAAUCAUUUGUGGAA